ACACCGUUCACCAUAACCUGGUCGAGGGCUCAUUCAAUCGCUUUCUCCUACUACCCACCCACCGUACAUUGUUCCUUGCCAUAAUUAAUAGCGACUGCGCGUGUAUAGCUCGAUAGAGCAUCAACGACAGUCAACAUGUCCAGUUCAUCACGCAAUGUGAACAUGGGAAAGCAAGAGACGGAGCUCGCCAUCAACAUCCGCAAGGCGACGAGCAUCGACGAGACAGCGCCCAAGCGAAAGCAUGUGCGAGCGUGCAUUGUGUACACGUGGGAUCAUAAGAGCUCCAACUCGUUCUGGCAGGGCAUGAAAGUGCAGCCUAUCCUCCAAGACGAAGUCCAAACGUUCAAAGCCCUCAUUACGUGUCACAAGGUCCUCCAAGAAGGUCACCCCAUCGUGCUCAGGGAGGCGCAAUCCAACACCAGCUGGCUAGAGAGCUUGUCGCGAGGCUCAACGGGUGGAGAUGGUUCACGUGGCUACGGUCCGCUCAUCUCGGAAUACAUUUACUACCUGCUGGCCAAGCUCGCGUUCCACCGGCAACACCCCGAGUUCAAUGGAACUUUUGAGUACGAGGAAUACAUCAGUCUCAAGUCGAUCAACGACCCGAACGAGGGUUACGAAACCAUCUCCGAUUUGAUGACACUGCAAGACCAGAUCGACGCGUUCCAGAAGCUGAUCUUUUCGCAUUUCCGAGGCGGCAACAACAACGAGUGCAGGAUAUCUGCCCUGACGCCUCUGGUGCAAGAAAGCUAUGGCAUUUACAAGUUUAUCACCAGCAUGCUGCGUGCGAUGCACACGGCUCUCGGCGAUGAUGAGGCGCUCUCUCCCCUUCGCGGACGAUACGAUGCACAGCAUUACCGCUUGGUCAAGUUCUACUACGAGUGCUCGAACUUACGAUACUUGACAAGUCUAAUCACAGUGCCCAAGCUGCCUCAAGAUCCACCAAACUUGCUCUCCGAUGACGAGUCAGCACCAGCACUCCCAGCGCGACCGAGAAACGAACAGCCCACAGAACCCACCCCGCAACCACCCGCACCUGCCAUCGAUCCCGAGCCCAUCAACGAGUUCUGGAAGAAUGACCAGAAGCGACAGCAGGAAGAGUACGAGGCGGAACAACGAAGACUGCAGCAACAAUGGGAGGAUUCUCAGCGCCAACAACAGCAGGCUGCCAUGCAAGCGCAAAUGGAUUUCGAGGAGCAGCAGAGACUCCAGGCUGAGCAAGCUCGGUUGGCGCAAGACCAACUCAUGCGCGACCAGUAUCAGCAACAGACCCAAGGACGUCUUGCCGAACUCGAGCGAGAGAACCUUAAUGCGCGCGCGCAGUACGAGCGCGACCAAUUGAUGCUGCAACAAUACGAUCAAAGGAUGAAGGCCCUCGAGGGGGAGAUCAACCACAUGAACCAAAACUUCCAGCAGCAGAUGGGGUCGCGAGACGACCAGAUCCGGGCACUGCAAGAGCAACUGAACACAUGGCGAUCAAAGUAUGAGUCGCUGGCGAAGCUGUACUCGCAACUGCGACAUGAGCAUCUCCAACUCCUGCAAAAGUUCAAGCAGGUUCAGCUCAAGGCAAACUCCGCGCAAGAAGCCAUCGAUGCUCGUGACAGACUGCAGCGAGAGCUAAAGACUAAGAACCUUGAGUUGGCCGAUAUGAUCCGGGAGCGCGACCGAGCAUUGAUGGAGAAAGAUCGUAGCACUGGCGGGCAGCGCGAAGAAGUGGAGAAGCUCAAGCGAGAGCUUCGUGCAGCGCUGGACAGAGCCGACAACAUGGAACGUGGCAAGGGCUCAGAGCUUUCGUCUAUGCUGUCAAGGCAUAACCGAGAGAUUGCCGACCUCGAGGAAGCCCUGCGGAACAAGACUCGUGCUCUGGACGACAUGCAAAUGAAGUACCGUGAAGGCGACUCAGAUCUUGAACGUCAACUACGGGACAAGGAGGAAGAGUUGGAUAUCUUCCGAGCCGGCAUGGACCAGACACUACUCGAAUUGAAUGACUUGAAGCUGAACGCCAAUGCCAACGACAACGUACUCGACGGACAUCUGGACACGCUCAUUCAAGACAGCCUUCAAAAGAUCAACGAGUUGAUUGAUUCGGUCCUGCAGAGUGGAGUCCAGCGCGUGGACGAUGCGUUAUACGAGCUUGAUUCUUCCAUGCAGGCCGGUAAUCAAAACGCCACAGGUCCAUUUGUCCUUUCACAGAUCGAGAAGGCUUCAACAUGUACCAUGGAGUUUUCGACUGCCUACAACAACUUCAUCGCUGAUGGGCCGAACGCGAAGCACUCCGAGGUAAUCAAUGCUGUCAAUGCGUUCGCCGGCUCGAUUGUCGACGUGCUCGUAAACACGAAGGGUCUUACAAGGUUUGCAUCAGACGAAAACAAGGCUGAUCAACUCAUCAACGGUGCGCGAGCGUCCGCAACGUCGACGAUCAGAUUCUUCCGCAACGUACAAUCGGUGCGGACGUAUGAUCUCGACGCUGAGCAGAAGAUCAAUGUCGUGAUCAACAACAGCACUGAGGUUGUGCGCAAUCUUCAGAGUUUGUCCAAACUGGCCGACGCAUUCGCUCCCAAGAGCAAAAUCACGAACGCAUCGGGCGAUCUAGGUGACUUGGUUGACGGCGAAUUGACCAAGGCCGCCAACGCCAUUGAUGCCGCCGCGGAGCGCCUCUCCAAGCUGAUGAACAAGCCCAGAGAUCAGUACUCUACCUACGAGCUGAAGAUACACGACAUCAUCCUCGAGGCCGCCAUCGCUGUCACGAACGCCGUCGCGCAGCUCAUCAAAGCAGCGACCGCGUCGCAGCAAGAAAUCGUCCGCGAAGGCCGAGGCAGCAUGUCCAAGACACAGUUCUACAAGAAGCACAACCGCUGGACCGAGGGCCUCAUCAGCGCCGCCAAAGCAGUCGCCACAUCGACCAACAUGCUCAUCGAGACAGCCGACGGCGUCAUCUCCGGCCGCAACUCGCCCGAGCAGCUCAUCGUCGCCUCCAACGACGUCGCCGCUUCCACCGCGCAGCUCGUCGCCGCUAGCCGUGUCAAGGCCAGCUUCAUGAGCAAGACGCAGGACAAGCUCGAGGGCGCGUCCAAGGCCGUCACCUCGGCGUGUCGCACGCUCGUCAGGCAGGUGCAGGAGAUCAUCGCACAGAAGAACAAGGACGAGGGCGAUGUGGUCGACUACACCAAGUUGAGCGAUCACGAGUUCAAGGUCAGGCAGAUGGAGCAGCAGGUUGAGAUCUUGCAGCUUGAGAACUCGCUGUCGCAGGCUAGGAGUCGGUUGGGCGAGAUGCGGAAGCUGUCUUACUUGGAGGAGUAGGGUGGUUUGGUGGACGAGAGGGAGAUGGAAGCGCAUCGUGGAUUGUGUACGUUUGUUGGUUGUUAGUUGAUUGCUUGAGUUGUUGAUAUUUGCUUGUGAGGGCAGACUUUUACGAGUCGGCCUCCCAAAAUGAAAAUUUCUUCAAUUUAUUGAACGAAUUUGCUCAACUCCCAGAUCUUGUCUACAAGUAAUCUAUUACCACGCCAUGUCCUAUCUAUAUAC